AUGGCUAUUAAGAUAGUAGUUGGAAGGCAUACUUUAAACGUGGUUAGUGCUUACGCACCACAAGCGGACCAGGAUGAGGAGAUCAAAAGGCAAUUCUGGGAGGAUUUGGACGUAGUUGUGCGUGGUAUUCCGCACUCAGAGAAGCUUUUUCUUGGAAGUGAUUUCAACGGCUACAUAGGAACGAUUGCUAGGGGUUAUGAAGAUGUGCAUGAAGGCUUCGGGUUUGGUGAUAGGAAUGAGGGAGGUACGUCACUAUUGGAUUUCACUAGAGCUUUCGACUUAGUGAUAGAAAACUCUAAUUUCCAGAAGAGGGAAGAGCACUUGGAGUUGGGUGAGUGGUUGAGGGCGUUGGGAGCCUGGAGGAGUAGCAGGGACAGGAGUAGUAUAUGGACCACGACGACAUCUAACAUCAGGGAAGCGGCAAGAGGAGUGUUGGGGGUCUCGAAGGGUUACUCUAGAAGACGCAAAGGGGACUGGCGGUGGAACGGAGAGGUCCAAGGUAAUGUGGGAGCUAAGAAAGCAGCGUAUUUAAAGCUAGUAGAGAGCAUAGACGAGGAAGAGAAGAUGACUAAUAGGAGGCAUUAUAAGAAGGCAGUGAAGGAGGUGAAGUUAGCGGUUAAGGCGGCUAAGACUGCUGCGUUUGGACGUUUACAUGGCGAAAUUGGGGAAAAAUUCGGGGAUAAAAAGCUGUACAGGCUAGCCAAAUCGAAUAAGAGGAAGGCUCAUGACCUGGACUAA